UUGGGGUUAGUGCAGCAGCAUAACGCAUCCAUCAGUCAUGUCAUCGAAGUGGCUCUUGUUCGUUGCCCUGGUGGCACUACUCAGCAUCGGAACUGGCACCUUGGCCUCGCCAAGGAGGACCAUCCAGGCCAGACCCGAUCCGGAGCAGCUGAGCCGCCUCCAGCGCCUGAAUGCCAGGUAUUAUGCCGACGAGCAGGACGAUGAAGAUGGCGAUGACAUCCUGGAGCACGAAGAGGACCUAGCCGACGGUGCUGAUGAGGAGCUGGAGGAGAUUGAGAACGACGACGACACCCUGGCUGAGGUAGACCAGGAAAAUGAAGCUGAGAAAAAGGAGAGGAAGAUAGUUAAAGCCUCACCAACAACUACGACACCAACUACGAUGGAACUGGGCCAGGACACCGCUUCAGCUCGGGCCGAGCCACGCAAUCGCCGGCGAGGAGGAAGGCGUAAUGGCCGCAGGAGGCGUGGCGGCAGGCGGGGCAACCGCAGGUGCGGGGCCAAGGGAAAACGCGGUCGACGCGGCCAGCGCAGACGCUCUCCGUCAAAGAAGAGUGGCAACAAACGGCGAGCGGGCUCAAAGAACAAGCGAAAUGGCCAGAAAAACAAAGCAGCCACCCAAAAGCCAACUGCUGCACCGUCCACAAAGGUGGCUUAAAGUGCAAUAAAAUGCACUACUACCCAUAAAUGCAGCUAAAGAACUCAUUUAAACAGCAACAACAAUUCAAAUAAAUAUACAAAACCACA